AUGGCUGAAGCAUCCCCUUUAGCUAUCUCCCCGACAGACUCUGAUGUAUUUUCCCCGACCCCUGACCUGUGUGCCUCAUGUGGCCACAGUCAUAAGCUGGAGGAGAACCAUGAAUACAUCUACCAAGAUGAAGUGGACGAUGACCUUGUCUGCCACAUCUGUCUGCAGCCACUCAUCAGGCCCCUGGACACACCCUGUGGUCACACCUACUGUCAGGAGUGCAUCACCAGCUUCCUGCUGGAGAGUGACUUCUGCCCUGUGUGCCGUGCACCCCUCAUGCUGCAGAGUUGCAGGAAGCCCAGCCUGCUGGUGCAUAAAUUGCUGGAUAAGCUUACUGUAGCCUGCCCUUUUACCGAGUUUUGCACCGAAACACUGCCUCGCGGGGAGAUGGAAGAUCACAUCAAGGGCAGGUGUAAAGGGGCCUCCCACUAUGGACUCUCAACAGACAGGAAGCGCCGCUCGCAGGAGGGUGAGUGUACAGACAGCACAUCAGAACUCACCGUGGCCACGCUGCCCAGUGAUGGACCCACCUCCGCCGCCGUGGCUCUGCUCUCAGACGAACCCGGGCUGGUCAACCCGGCCUUUGACCCCAGCAUGGAGGACAACAGUCAGUCAGGCAGCAUGACCAGCCUUGCUGCUCGAAGCAGCACCAAGAAGAUCAGAAACUUUGACCGAUCUUCAGUGAGGAGCCGCUCCUUCAGGAGGUUAAACCGGGCAUUCAGCGUCCUACGGAGGACCAAGAGUGGCACUGCGGUCAGCAAUGAGACAUCAGAGGAGAGAGACAACGCCAGGAAUUCCAGCGUUCCUCCAGAGGUGCUGGCUCUUCCUCAGCUUCAUCACCUGAUCCCAGAUGGUGAACUGACCAGUAUUAAGAUCACACGACAGGAUCCCUCCGACCCGCUGGCCAUCAGCAUCGUUGGCGGCAAUGAGACCCCUCUGGUUCGCAUCCUGAUCCAGGAUAUCUACAGAGAGGGUGUCAUUGCUCGGGAUGGCCGCUUGCUGCCUGGGGACAUGAUUCUAAAGGUCAAUGGCAUUGACAUAAGCAAUGUGCCUCACUAUUUUGCUGUGACAACCCUUAGACAGCCGUGCCAACUCCUGCGGCUAACCGUGCUCAGAGAACAGCGGCACCGCUACCGUUCCCACUCGCACGGCCACACUCAUGGUGCGGGUGUGCAGCAGUCUCUUGGCCUACCCCACCAUCCGGUUAGAGAUGACAGCGUCCACGUGGUCCUGAAUAAGAGCACUCCAGAGGAACAGCUAGGGAUCAAACUGGUCCGGCGAGCAGAGGAGCAUGGGGUCUUUAUCUUUCACCUGCUGGAGGGGGGGCUUGCUGCACGUGAUGGGCAGCUGUGCAUAGGGGACCGUGUGCUGGCCAUCAACGGGCAUGAUCUUCGUUAUGGGGCGCCGGAGCACGCCGCUUUGCUUAUCCAGGCAAGCGAGCAGUGUGUGCAUUUCAUCGUAUCUCGUCAGAUCUGCCUGCCUACCCCAGACAUCCUACCAGAAGGACCGUGGGGCAUGGAUGGUCCCCCACCAUACUCCCCUGUGGAUAUGGAACAAACGCUGCUGGACUCCUGUCAAAAGCCUGCAUGCUACGAGAAAACAGUCACACUAACCAAGGAGCCAUACGACUCACUGGGUAUGACAGUGGCUGGCGGCAUGUCUAGCAGGGGAUGGGACCUUCCCAUCUAUGUCACAAAUGUGGACCCGGAUGGAGUGGUGGGACAGGAGGGAUCCAUUCGCAAAGGUGACAUUUUGCUGAACGUGAACGGCAUGGAAUUGACAGGGGUGACACGAGGUGAGGCCGUGGCCAACUUGAAGAACACCUCGUCUCCUGUCGUGCUCAAGGUCUUGGAGAUGCGUCCACCAGAGGACAGCAUGCAGGAGUGCACAUUGCCGCCUUGUCUCACGCCGUCCCCAACAGAGAGCACCAAGAGCCCACUACCUAAUGACGAUUACUCCCCACUGUGGGUCUCGUGGCUGCAGCUUCCCAGACAUCUCUACUGCUGCAAAGACAUCGUCCUGCGGCGGAAUACAUCGGGCAGUCUGGGCUUCAGCAUUGUGGGAGGUCAGGAGGAGGUCAACUGCAAUCAAUCUUUUUUUAUCCGCUCCAUCGUGGAGGGAACACCAGCCUACAAUGAUGGCAGGAUAAGAUGUGGGGACAUCUUGCUUGAGGUGAACGGGAAGAGCACAUGGGGGAUGACGCACACAGCUCUGGUUCGUCUUCUGAAGGAGCUCCGGGGCAGAAUCACUCUGACCAUCGUGUCUUGGCCUGGCAGUCUGCUGUAACGGUGCUCUAAGCCAUCCAGCACCGCUUUAUCGGCAAUGACAAGGAAUGUGGAAGGCAGAACUGUAGACUGGCCGACCACCCUAAGCUUGCUGUGUGGGAGAGGAGCUCAUGACUGUGCUGUGGCUGUGUGGAUACCUCACUGCAGAUGGGCUGAAGGACUUUGCCAGGACUUUGCAGGGGUACAGAUAAGAGACUGGACUGUUACCAGAAGGAUGACUUGCCCCUACGGAAAUUCUAAACUGGCUGAACAUUUAAAGGACAUUGUCUGCAUCUUGAACAGCAUCCAGUGAGUGGGGUGGAAGGACUGAAUGGAGACAAGACUUGUUGCCAAUUUCAAUAGAUACAUAUUAGGAUAUGCGUUAAGCUGGACUCACAUUUCUUUACGUAAAUGUUGGGUGUCUAUAAAAAAACCUACUGAACCAAGCACUUGUAAUAUGUUUCUUCUGUUUGUCGUACGGCCUUUAAACGUAGGCUUUAUUAUGUUUGUACUGACAGUGGUUGUCAUCUUCAUCCAUUGAGCUGAAGACACGUUGCCAAGUAGUAGUCUGUGAGGUUUUUUUCUGUUGUCUCAGAAGCUAUGGCUAAGUUAUUGAAAACCACUGACAAAGAAAAUGUAUGAAAAAAAUAAAGGAUCAAUGUGUUCAUAACAUGUAAACAAAUAACAUUUAAAUAAGAACAUUUGUGGAGGCCUUACUAAUUUUCUUACUUUCAAGAAAAAAAUUGAGUAGGUUUCUGUGUAACAGUGGAUGGCCUGAGGUCUCUUUACUGUGGUUCUGUCUGUCACGCUUCGGUCUGUGUAGUAUAUCUGAUGGUAAAAGGCUCAAUAAAAAUCAUUUGGCAAAAAGA